CUUCAGUGUGUGAAAAGAGCUUAUUGGUUUUAAAUCGAUUUUGCCGACUGUGCGGCUGCCGAAGCAGCAAAAGGAAAACAGAAGUUGCAUACUUCGCCAACAACAACGGCAACAACAACAACAAAAACAACUACAACAACAACAACAAUAAUAACAACAACAACUACAGCAGCAGCAGCUGCAGCAUAAAAGUAUCUGAAGAGUCGGACAUAGAGAAAAGUUGCAUUUUUGGCUGCUUUAGCAAGAAGCAGCAGGAACAGCAACAACAGCAGGAGGCAGAGCAACAGCAGCCCAAGGAGAACGCCAAUUCCGGCAGCUACAACGUGCAACAGCGCAACAGAGAGUGCAACAGCAGCCAACAGGCCGGCAGCUACUACAGGCAACACGACACUGAGUUUGGCCAGCAGCAGCAAGAGCAGCAACAGGAGCAAAGCGAGCAGCAGCAGCAACAGGAAGAGGAGCAGGAGGAUCAGCCACAGGAGCUCAAUAUAGCUGGCAUUGGUGUCAUAGCCAGGCAACCGCGACGACAAACGCAACGCUCCCAGAGCCAGCCCGCAAUCUUGCAGCAACCGUUGCGCAGCAAACGUCCAGGGACACCACCACCGCACGCGGUCAGAAGCAUGACUUCCAUACCUGCCACGCUGUCCAGCAAUAAUGUGGCUGGCACUGCGGCGACCGCUGGCGCUGCCCUAGUGGCGCCCGAGAAGCAGCCAUGGCCCAAUUCCAAGGAUGAUUACGAGCUGAGGGAUGUAAUUGGUGUGGGCGCCACGGCUGUGGUGCAUGGCGCCUAUUGCAUACCCAAGAAUGAGAAAUGCGCGAUUAAGCGCAUCAAUCUGGAGAAAUGGAACACUUCUAUGGAUGAGCUGCUCAAGGAGAUACAGGCCAUGUCGUCGUGCAAUCACGAGAAUGUCGUCACCUAUCACACAUCGUUUGUGGUGCGCGAGGAGCUGUGGCUGGUGCUGCGCCUCCUCGAGGGUGGAUCCCUGCUGGACAUUAUCAAGCAUAAGAUGCGCACGGCCAAUUGUAAGCAAGGUGUCUUCGAUGAGGCAACCAUUGCCACCGUCCUCAAGGAGGUGCUCAAGGGUCUCGAGUAUUUCCAUUCGAAUGGCCAGAUCCAUCGUGACAUCAAGGCGGGCAAUAUACUCAUCGGCGAUGAUGGUACCAUACAGAUCGCUGAUUUUGGUGUUAGCGCCUGGCUGGCGACCGGUCGAGAUUUGUCGCGUCAGAAGGUGCGUCACACAUUCGUGGGCACACCAUGCUGGAUGGCGCCGGAGGUGAUGGAACAGGACCAUGGCUACGACUUCAAGGCGGAUAUCUGGUCGUUUGGCAUAACGGCCAUUGAGAUGGCAACGGGCACAGCACCAUAUCACAAAUAUCCACCCAUGAAGGUGCUCAUGUUGACCCUGCAGAAUGAGCCGCCCACCUUGGAUACGGGCGCCGAGGAUAAGGAUCAGUAUAAGGCCUAUGGCAAGACAUUCCGUAAAAUGAUCGUUGAGUGCCUGCAAAAGGAGCCAUCGAAACGUCCAACUGCCAGCGAGCUGCUCAAGCAUGCAUUCUUCAAAAAGGCCAAGGAUCGCAAAUAUUUAACCCAAACCCUGCUACAAUCCGGCCCCAGCAUGGAGACGCGCGUCCACAAGGCGGCCAAACGUCAGCCGGGCGCAUCGGGUCGUUUGCAUCGCACCGUCACCGGCGAAUGGGUAUGGUCCAGCGAGGAGGAGGACAAUGCCAGCGGCAGUGGUGGACGCAAGCAUCCCUCAUCCGAUUCCGAGUCCGAGGAUCGUCCCAUCAAUCGACUCGAACGUGCCGAUUCCUCGGACAGCGAUCGCGAUGAGACAACACCUGAAAUUACACGCAGCCUCUCCUCGGCAACGGUGACGCCAGGCGCCGGCACAGCUGGCGCUCCAGCAGCUGGUGCUCCGUCAGGCACGCAGGAGCUUGCAGCUGGACUGGCACAAAUGCCGCUGCCCAGUGAAUCAGCUGCUGGGGAUGCGCCACCCGUUAAUCUGGUGUUGCGCAUGCGCAAUUUGCGCCGCGAAUUGCACGACAUCCGAUUCGAGUUUGCCGUGGGCAAAGAUACCGCCGAGGGCAUUGCCACGGAGCUGGUGGAUGCGGGUCUAGUGGAUGCACUCGACACCCAACCGAUGGCCGUGCAUUUGGAUCAGCUGAUCGCCCAGUGCGACACCAUGAAGACAAUAACGUUCCAGCUUAGCUCCGGCGUACAGCCGGGCGAAACGCCCGAUGAGCGUUCACUUGUGGGCUAUGCACAGAUAUCCAUUACCGACUAGGACACGGAGUUGGCCUAGUGCCACAGUUCGUUGGGAACCCUACGGUCUACCGUUAUAUCGCCUGCGCCGCUUUUAGCUAUAGACUAGAACUAGUACUAUAACUGUAAAUGCUAAUGCUAGUUAUAGAUCUGAAGAAAGAAAGAAAAACGCAAGCCGUUCGUUUACUAUAGAAAUUAUAUACCUAAUACGAUAAUAGCUAUAUGUAACUAUCUCUAUCUCUAUCUAUCUAUCUAUCUAUCUAUCUAUCUUUCGUUCUGCGCAUUGUAAUUACAUCAUACCUCCUCCCCCCCGCGUUCCUACCUCCCGAAACCUGCCGUAGUUAGUCGCAGCACCCAC